UCGCUGUCUGCAUCCGACCUGAGGCCUAGCCCCUUUCAGCGUCUCGGUCGCUACAUCAUCGCAGCUGCCCGUGGUGCCCGUGCCCGUGGCUUGAACCGCCCGUCUUCCAAGCUUCCCAUCGACAUUGACCACCAGCGCCGCCGCUGCACCACCUCGCAUUUCCCCACCACCGCCGACUCCCCCACACAGCGCCCGUCAUGUCGCAAGUCCACGCCCUCUCCGACGACCAGGUCGCCGGCGAGCUCAAGAAGAUGACGGCCUUCAUCCGCCAGGAGGCCACAGAGAAGGCCAACGAGAUCCGCCUCAAGGCCGACGAGGAGUUCGCAAUCGAAAAGUCCAAGCUCGUGCGCCAAGAGACUGCCUCCAUCGAUUCGUCCUACGAGAAGAAGUUCAAGCAGGCUAGCAUGUCUCAGCAGAUCACACGCUCCACCGUCUCGAACAAGAGCCGAUUACGUGUUCUGUCCGCACGCCAGGAGCUGCUCGACCGCCUGUUUGAGGACGCAGGGAAGAAGCUGGCCGAGACGUCCAAGGACAAGAAGAAGUACCAGGGUAUUCUGAAGAACCUGAUUCUGGAGGGUGCAUAUGCCCUGAACGAGGACAAGCUGCAGAUCAGGGUCAGGAAAGCCGACAACGACCUUGCCAAGCAGGCCAUCGAGGAGGCACAGAAGGAGUACAAGAGCAAGAUCGAGAAGGAUGUUGCCAUCACAAUUGACGAGAGCGACCCGCUGCCUGCUGAGUCAUCUGGCGGUGCCUUCAUUGUCGGUACCGGCGGCCGCAUUGACAUCAACAACACCCUCGACGAGCGUCUCAGGCUGCUCGAGUCUGACGCCCUGCCCUCUAUCAGAGGUACCCUUUUCGGCGAGAACGAGAACAGGAAGUUCCACGACUAAACGCAUGUCGUUCGAUUAUUGCAAUACACACCACGACACGAACACAUGCCGGAGAUGCGCAAUGGUGCAGUCGAGCGAGUAUCUGGCCUUUGACGAAUCAUGCGUUCGCUUGGAAAGUACCCUGAUAGAGGCGCCUGUAGAAUACUGGAAGAUUUAGCGGCUUUCUGUGCAAAUCAUCAUUCACCAACCACGACAGCCACUGCAUUCUGAAUUUGGUGCAAUAUGGGUUGGCUUGCACCGGUACACUGACUUGAUUAGUUACAGAUGUCUAAUUAUCGCUACGUUCGCCGGAUCAGACC